AUGGAUUGGGUAAAAGAUAGCACGUUGUUACUUUUUGUUUUCUUCGUGAUUUUGCAUUCUGGAGUGUCUCAAAUUUUUCCUUCUAAUAUUCCGGAGGAUUCAAUACGUCAAGGAGAUCAAAAUUAUCAAUUUUUUUCGCAAGGGAAUUCCUUAGGGCAAAACAGUAAUUAUCAAAACCCAUAUUGGAACGGGCAAAAUUCUAAUCAAAAUGCAAAUUCUUACUAUCAGAAUCCAAACUCCAAUUGGCCUGGUCAAUCUCCAAGAACAUAUUGGGAGCAAGAUUCGUUAUUUAAUAAUAGCGUCAUCAUACGAGAAGCAACGUAUUUUAUCGUAGCCGGAAAAAUAGUGAGGCCAGGCACUAUUUACAGAAUAGCAGUUACUGUACUGCAGGCGCCAGUGCCUUUAAUUGUCAGAGCUAACAUUCAAAGAAACGGAGUCCAACUGACCGCUGAUAGUAAAGAUGUAAAAGAAGGAAUCCCUGAAACUUUAUUACUGAGAAUGCCUCGAACCAUUGUUCCCGGUCAUUAUAAGCUUCGAGUCGAAGGAACGUACGACAGCUUACAAGGCGGCACCGCAUUUAUAAAUGAAACGACUCUAACAUUUUCUCAAAGAUCGAUGACAAUAUUUAUUCAAACCGACAAACCAGUUUACAUGCAAGGGCAAACAGUGAGAUUUCGUUCGAUACCCAUUACGACAGAGUUGCGUCCUUUUGAUGAUUCCGUUGAUGUUUUCAUGUUGAACCCCAACCGACACAUAAUGCGGCGAUGGCUGUCGAGGCAAUCUAAUUUAGGAACCGUAAGUUUAUCUUACCAGCUUUCAGAUCAACCGGUUUUCGGAGAAUGGACAAUUCAAAUAGUAGCUCAGGGACAAAUCGAAGAAGGGAAAUUUUUAGUAGAAGAAUAUUAUCAAACUAGAUUUGAAGUCAAUGUGACCAUGCCUGCGUUUUUCUUCGAAUCCGAUAAAUAUAUAUACGGAACCGUUAUGGCAAAUUAUACGAGUGGGGCUCCCGUAAGGGGUAAUCUCACUUUGAAAGCAAGCAUUCGUCCGAUAAAAACUUAUGGACACGGUCAAAGAGCUAAACCAAUCGUUAAAUAUUUUACAUUUGAUGAAUCUUAUCCAUUUUGGUUUCCCAGACCCCAAAGUAAUUAUUAUUACUAUCAAGAAAAUAAUAAUUACAACAGUUACUACGGAGGAAACUUGCCUUAUUUGACAUUUUUUAACGGAGUAUACCAUUUUAAAUAUCCCAUGUCUGAAUUGGUCAAUAGUGGAAUUUCACUCGAUGGAGUUGAAAUAAUGGUUACAGCUACAGUGGGAGAAAGAUUUUUAGAAGAAGUUAUUGAAGGAUUUUCAACUGCGAGAAUAUAUAAUUCCUCGAUUAAAGUCACUGUUCUGGGGGGUUCACCUCAAGUUUUCAAACCGACGAUGCCUUUUGCAUUAUUCAUAGCCGUCUCCUUUCAAGAUAAUUCACCGCUACCUUUAGAAAGGUUGCAAGCAGGUCGGUUAGAAGUUCAAGCCGCGGUUGGAAUGAAAUCGGGUAGACAAAGAAUUAUCAAUUUUGAUACUCCUGAAGAUUUAAGAAUGUCGAGUGAAUACAGCGGAGUUUGGGAGCUUGAUGUUGAUUUAAAAUCUGAAUUAUCGCUGGGAGAAAACAGAAUAAGCAGAGAUAUUUUAAAUAGCAUUUAUUCAAUAAAUCUGAAAGUUUUCUAUCGGGAUUCUCUUGGACAGGACGCCGGGACUGAUGCAUAUCUUACGACUCAUUAUUCACCUCAUAACAGACAUAUUAAAGUCACCAGUUCAACGCAACAUGCUCGGGUGGGAGAGUAUUUUGUUUUGCACGUGCAAUCUAAUUAUUACAUGGAUACUUUUAAUUAUAUGUUAAUGUCUAAGGGAAUGAUAUUGUUAACCGGACAAGAAAAUAUGAAAGCAACCGUUAGAACUUUUGCGAUACCCUUAAGUGCCGAAAUGGCACCAGAAGCCACAGUUGUCGUGUAUAACGUGGGACUCAAUGGAGAUGUUUCUGCUGACAGUUUGACAUUUCCGGUUAACGGAAUUUCUAGAAAUAAUUUUACAAUUUUCAUUAAUAAUCGUAAAGCAAGAACUGGUAAAAAGGUUGAGAUUGCCAUUUACGGUGAACCAGGAGCUUACGUCGCUCUCUCUGGUAUAGAUAAAUCAUUUUACGCCAUGCAAGCAGGAAAUGAAUUGACUUAUUCGAAAGUUAUCGAUUCCAUGUCGCGCUUUGAUGAAGAUACAAAUGGAACUUUUAAGUUUUCAUGGCGCAAUCACGAAGGCAAUCCUGAUGACAACGUUUAUUUUCCCUCAAAUACUUUUGGCAUCGAUGUUAAUCGGACUUUUGAAUAUGCUGGGUUAAUUGUAUUCAGCGAUGCAACUUUAUCCAGAAUUUCUAAUUUCUGUGACUCUUCUCUUGGUUAUUUGGAAUGUUUAAGCGGAGGUUGUUAUCAUAUAUCAACUAAGUGUAAUAGUCAUAAAGAUUGUCAAGAUGGCUCCGAUGAAAGUGGAUGUCCAUCAUUUAAUGUUACGGACUUAAUGCUGUUCAGAAAACAUAGAUUUAGUAGAAUACAAAGACAAUAUGAAAAUGUCUGGUUAUGGGAAGAUAUUAAUAUCGGACCUCACGGAAGGUACAUUUUUGAUUUGCCUGUACCCAGGCGACCUGCACACUGGAUCGUUUCUGCUUUUAGUAUGAGUCAUUUGGUUGGUUUUGGCAUGCUUCAAAAACCGAUAGAAUAUGUUGGUGUACUACCCUUUUUUAUUGAAGUUGAAAUGCCUACCACUUGUUCUCAAGGGGAACAAAUUGGUAUUCGAGUCGCCGUUUUUAAUUACCUUACAACUGACAUGGAAGCAACGGUUAUUCUAGCCGGUUCGGAUGAUUAUAAAUUUGUUCACGUAGAACAAGAUGGUAUCGUCAGAUCUUACAAUCCGAGAACUUCGUUUGGAGAGCAUCAAUUCUUUGUUUACAUACCAAAACAGGAUGCGGUUACUGUAUACAUCCCUAUUGUUCCAACAAGAUUGGGGGACAUAGACGUAACAGUGUUCGCUGCCACUUUAAUCGGUAGAGAUACCAUUACAAAAAGACUGCAUGUGAAAGCCGACGGACUUCCACAAUAUCGUCAUCAAUCUAUUUUACUAGAUCUCAGUAAUCGUGCUUACGUUUUCCAAUAUCUUCACGUGAAUGUCACUGAUACACCGAUAAUUCCUUAUUCGGAAGAUAGAUAUUAUGUUUUCGGCUCCAAUAAAGCAUAUGUUUCAAUCGUUGGAGAUGUUGUCGGACCGAUAUUUCCCACCAUGCCAGUCAACGCAUCUUCUCUCCUGUACCUUCCCAUGGAUUGCGCGGAACAAAAUAUUUUUAGUUUUGCCGCCAAUCUUUACACUACGUUGUACAUGAGAUACGUUAAUCAAAGAAACAAAACCCAAGAAAAAGAAUCUUUUUUCCAUAUGAACGUUGGUUAUCAAAAACAGUUGUCAUAUAUGAAUCCUGACGGUUCAUUCAGCUUUUUCAGAACAGAUUGGAAUCAGUCAUCGCCAAGUGUUUGGUUGACUGCAUUUUGUGCUCGAAUAUUUCAAGAAGCGAGUUUUUACGAAUGGGAAAAUUUUAUUUAUAUUGAUCCUCAAGUUAUUUCCAAAGCCGUGUCCUGGGUAUUAGAUCAUCAAACUUACGAAGGUUCAUUUUACGAAGUGACUUGGUUACCAGACAGAAAAGCAAACACGUCUUCAUUUUGGCCCAAUGACUACCUGGGUUCCCGGAAUAUCACAUUAACCGCUCACGUACUAAUUAUGUUGGAUACCGUGAAAGAUUUAUCGGGGGGUUUAGGAUCCAGAGUUUCCCUGGCUCAAACAAAAGCAAUGAAAUGGCUCGAGAAAAAUUUAAAAUUAAUUAACGAAAGCGGAGAUCCUUAUGAAGUAGCUCUCGUUGCUUAUUCGUUAUUGCUAAGUAAAUCUGCUUCUGCAGAAUCAGCUUUUGGUAUUCUUGCUCGUCACGCCAGAUCAGAAGGUGGCUUCACUUACUGGGGAAAAGAAGCUUUGCCGCCACCGCCGACAAAAAUAGAAAAUCAAAAAGUUUUCUCUUUGCCAAGGCUUCCUUACAAGUAUGAUUCUAGUAAUAUAGAAGCUACCAGUUACGCUUUGCUAGUUUACACGGCAAGACAAGAAUGGAUGAUGGAUGAAAUCGUCAAUUGGUUGAAUGCCCAAAGGUUAACCGAUGGCGGUUGGGCUUCCACUCAGGACACUGCCGUCGCAAUGAAAGCUCUGAUCGAAUACACUAAUAGAAAAAGAAUUAGGGAGGUAUCUUCUUUAACCGUGACCAUAGAAGCGACGGCUCUUCCCGGUAAAGUGGUAACUCUUCAAGUGAACGAUCAAAAUCGUGCUCGGUUACAAAAGUUGGAAAUCCCUCGCGCAUGGGGUACUGUUAAAGUGCAAGCCAAAGGAGCUGGUUACGCCAUUUUGCAAAUGACGGUUCAAUAUAAUGUUGAUAUACCAAAAUUUCAAACCGAACCCCCCGUACGAGCCUUCGAUUUAAGAACAAGAGCCAACUUUCACGGAAGGAAUCAAUCUCACAUUACUUACAGGUGUUGUCAAAGAUGGACGUAUCUCGAAGAAUCAGCUCGAUCGGGAAUGGCGGUGCUCGAUGUGACAAUUCCGACAGGGUAUAUAAUUCAACAACAGGAUUUGGAUGCUUAUAUUUUAUCUCGACGCGUGAGAAAUUUACAAAGGGCACGAUUUUUGGAAAGAAAAGUUUUGUUUUACUUUGAUUACCUCGAUAAUUACGAUACGUGCGUUGAUUUCACAAUUGAAAGAUGGUACCCGGUAGCAAACAUGUCACGAUACCUUCCCAUCAGAGUUUACGAUUAUUACGCUCCCGAAAGAUUUAACGAAACCAUUUUCGAUUCUUUGCCGACGUACAUUUUAAAUAUAUGCGAAGUGUGUGGGAGCAGUCAAUGUCCAUAUUGUCCGAUUUAUAAUUUUGCUUCCUUUCUACGAGCUUCAUCUUUCGUCGUGAUUUUGUCAGCCCUCGUGGUUUUAUAUCGAACCUUUUUUCAAACUAAUGUGAAAAUCACGUGA